ACAAAGUCCAUUCCUUUUGAACCUAAAACCCUCGACAUUUACUUAUUCUUCUCUUGAAAAAGGGAAACGAAAAUGUUCUCUGGAUAGGAUUUCAAUAAUAAACCCUAAAUUUCUCUCAGAACACUAACAUUUUCACCAGACUUAUGUAAUACAGUAGUUCAUUUCCUGGUUAAACUCAGUAAACCUCCUCAUAGAAGAAGAAUCAAAGCUUACAAAGUCAUAGGGUGACCUUGCAUCAUUCCAAACCUUUUUUCCACAAUGACAUGUGCCUGCAUAAGUCGGUAUCCAGUACUCCACCCAAGAGCAAUUCUACCUUUGGACUCUAGAUUGAGAUUUCGUGGUCGAAUCACCCGGCCUUAUCCCGCUGCUACCUCAACAACGGCUUCCUCAAGAUCAGGAUUUCUUUCAGCUGCUAUUACAUGUGAACUAAACCAGUCCAAUGUGUCCCAGAAGUCCGAGGAAUGGUUUGCCCUACGGAAAGAUAAGCUGACAACAAGCACGUUUAGUACGGCUUUGGGCUUUUGGAAAGGAAAUCGUCGUUCCGAGCUCUGGCACGAGAAGGUCUUUUCACCAGAUACCGAUUCAUUCAGCGCUGCUGCAAGGGCUUGCAUGAAUUGGGGUGUUGUUAAUGAGCCUGUAGCAAUUGAACGUUACAAAAGUAUAACAGGUCGAGAAGUUGACUUGUUAGGCUUUGCUACACAUACAGAGGAGCAGUUUGGAUGGGUAGGUGCCUCUCCCGAUGGAUUACUUGGGUCCUCCACAGAUGGUGGGAUAUUAGAGGUGAAGUGUCCGUAUAACAAGGGAAAGCCUGAACUGGCUCUACCCUGGUCAACACUCCCCUUUUAUUACAUGCCUCAGGUGCAGGGUCAAAUGGAGGUCCUGGAUAGAGAUUGGGUUGACUUGUACUGCUGGACUCAAAACGGAAGCACCAUUUUCCGCGUACAUCGUGAUCGGCAAUACUGGCAGUUGAUGACUGGGAUCCUGCGGGAGUUUUGGUGGGAAAAUGUAAUUCCUGCCAGAGAACUUUUGUUGCUUGGGAAAGAGCAGGAUGUUAAAGUUUACGAGCCGUCUUCAACACAUAGGCAAACUGGAUUGAUGAUUGUUAAAAGCUUGAAACUAGCUGCUGAAUCGGAAUUGCUAUGUAGGGAGAUUGCUGGUGAGAUCAACUUUUUCAAACCAAAAUGAUAUAGCUGAAUGAUUGGUAAGGGCUCAUUUCAUUACUUUUGUUAUUAUCAGCCAACAUCUUUCAACGACAUCUGUAUUGCACAGGGCAGGUAUAAUCUCAUUGUAGGUUUACGAUAUUCCAACUCCAAAAGAAUAUAUGAAUAGGUGAUAUUCCAUUCUUUAACAAAUCCCUUUGGUGUAUUUUUAAGUUGUGCCAAUCUUUAAGUUCAUGGCACUGUAUACUAUAUUGUCACGCUUACAUUUUUUAUGUUGUGUCUCAAGUAAUUUCUUUCCAAAAUACAACCCAUCAGAUGUGUUCUCUAUGAAAA